UUUGCUCGUCCAAAGGUCGAACCUCUCAAGGUGCUGACUGAGGUGGGUGAUUGCUCAAAAGGGUGGAGACAGGGCAGGGGACUUGUACGUCUUAAACUUUAAGAGCUUUCUGACUUAUCGUGACCAUCAUCGGGGUGAGGCUUGACACAGCGUAUCAAAAAUGAGGCAGAAAUGAACGUAGGCUCUACUGCUUCUGCCGACCUCCCUCACACACGACGACCCACUCUCUCGGUGCCGCCAGGGCUCGCCGUGCACACCGCAGGUCACAUCCAGUGACUUUCACCGCCGACUAUUCUUUUCUGAAUCGCGCUGAGCUUUAGCAGUUUGACAACAUGCCUCGACCGGUCAAUGUCCGCGUUACUACAAUGGACGCUGAGCUGGAGUUUGCCAUCCAGUCCACCACAACAGGCAAACAGCUCUUCGACCAGGUGAUCAAGACCGUGGGCGUGCGCGAGGUGUGGUACUUUGGCCUGCAGUAUGUGGAUAACAAAGGUGUCCUCUCCUGGCUGAAGCUUGAAAAAAAGGUCUUAUCCCAGGACAUGAAGCGAGAGGUGCCUCUGCAGUUCAAGUUCCGUGCCAAGUACUACCCGGAGGACGUAACAGAAGAGCUCAUCCAGGAGAUCACGCAGAAGCAGUUCUUCCUACAGGUGAAGGACGGCAUCCUGAGUGACGAUGUCUUCUGCCCGCCGGAGUCGGCCGUGCUGCUGGCCUCCUACGCUGUGCAGGCCAAGUUUGGAGACUUCAACAAGGAGCUCCACAAGGCCGGCUACCUCUCCUCAGAACGCCUGCUGCCACAGAGAGUUCUGGACCAGCACAAGCUCACCAAGGACCAGUGGGAGGAGAGGAUCCAGAUCUGGCACACGGAGCACCGAGGGAUGAUGAGAGAGGAUGCCAUGAUUGAGUAUCUGAAGAUCGCGCAGGAUUUGGAGAUGUAUGGCGUCAACUACUUUGACAUCAAGAACAAGAAAGGCACAGACCUGUGGCUGGGAGCCGACGCCCUGGGCCUCAACAUCUACGAAAAGGACGACAGACUUACACCAAAGAUCGGAUUCCCCUGGAGUGAAAUUAGGAACAUUUCUUUCAAUGACAAAAAGUUCAUCAUCAAACCGAUAGACAAGAAGGCUCCGGACUUUGUGUUCUACUCCACGCGUCUGCGCGUGAACAAGCGCAUCCUGCAGCUGUGCAUAGGCAACCAUGAGCUGUACAUGCAGCGCCGCAAACCCGACAGCAUCGAGGUGCAGCAGAUGAAGGCGCAGGCCCGCGAGGACAAGCACCAGAAGCAGAUGGAGAGGGACAAGCUGGAGGCGGAGAAGAGGAGGCGGGAGGCCAUGGAGAAGGAAAAGGAGCAGAUGGAGAGGGAGAAGCAGGACCUCAUGAUGAAGCUCAGGCAGUUUGAGGAGCAGACCCUCAAGGCAGAGAGAGAGUUGAAGGAUCAGCUGGACCGGGCCAUCCGGCUGGAGGCUGAGCGGAGGCAGGCGGAGGAGGAGGCGGCCAGGCUGGAGGCCGAGAGGCAGGCCGCCCUCCAGGCCAAAGAGGAGCUGGCGCGCCAGGCAGAGGACCAGCUCAAGUCCCAAGAACAGCUGGCUGCGGAGCUGCUGGAGUACAGCGCUAAGAUCAACGCCCUGGAGGAGAUCAAGAGGCAGAAGGAGGAGGAGGCCGACUCCUGGCAAGUCAGGGCCAUGGAGGCGCAGGAGGACCUGGUGAAGACGCGCGAGGAGCUCCAGAUGGUGAUGACCGCUCCCCCUCCCGCGGCAGCACCCCUGGUGGUGGAGGAGGAGGCCGCGGCGCCGCUGGUCAACCACGAGAACCACCACUCCGCCUCCUCCUCCUCCUCCUCCUCGGAGCACCACUCUGACUCGGAGCACGAGGAGGAGCACCACGAGGAGAGCAACAGCACCCACAGUGCCGAGCUGCAGGUGGAGGGCAUCGAGGACCACCGCAACGAGGAAGAGCGCCUCACGGAGGCCGAGAAGAACAUGCGCCUGCAGAAGCAGCUCAUGGCUCUCAGCUCCGAGCUGGCUGCGUCGCGCGACGACACCAAAGCCACCCAGAAUGACUUGCUGCACUCUGAGAACGUGCGCGCGGGCCGAGACAAGUACAAGACCCUGCGUCAGAUCCGCAUGGGCAACACCAAGCAGAGGAUCGAUGAGUUUGAGGCACUGUAGUGUGUAGACGCAGCGCAGCGUAGUUCCUGCCAGGGGUGGACAAACCAAACAGACACAGUAAAUGCACCCUGUCACCAGUAGAGGGCGACCUGCAUUCAUUAGUUACAGUCCAGUGUGAAGCAUGUUCCAAAUGACCUGGAGUGCGUUACAAUAUGCGGCCUUGCCUCCUCCACUUGUGCUUGUUUCCUUGUACCAGGAAGUAAUAUGUCAUGAUGACAUCACUAACAGCAUUAUAUGUCAAUACCUUGCAAAAGCUCAAUUGUAAACUCUUUUGCAAUUGGGAUGGUGAAUGAAAAACAGUCCCUCAAAAGUUGUUGUGGCUAGGCUGACAGCUGGGAAACUAUUGUUUUCUCCACGGAGGAGGGGCCAGGAGGCGGUGGGAGAAAACAAGCACAAGUGGAGGAGGCAAGGCCGCAUAUUGUAACGUACUCCUGGUUUUACCUGUCCAAUCAACCAGGUGAUCAGGCGAAUCGGACAGGUGAAAUUAGGUAAUUUGGAAUACGUGGCACUGGAUUUUAACAAACGAAUCCAGGUUGCUCAUCUCUGUCUCUCACGUACUGUACAGUAAUUGCUUUCACCUGUAAUCUAUCACUAUGAAUUAAUUGGUAAUUGAUUGGUGGGAUAUUUGAUUGAUCAAUUUCGUCCCGGUAGCCGUGGACUGAGGAAUUGGAAAUUGAGAUGAUUGAAUUGGUGGGAACAAAAAAAAAUGUGACAGGACUUUUACUUUUGUGUGUAUGUUGAUGUCAGCCUUACAACAUGGUGGUCACACCAUCUUUUUAAAAAUCACCACCGCAGCACUCUACCAAAUCCCCUGCCUCUCUUUCUUUCCACACAAAAAACCCCAAAUCCCUCUCUCAGAACGCAGAUGGUUGUAUAUGUACGUAUAUUCAGAAGGUUAUAGAAAGUUUUUUAGUUUUCAUUUCUUGGAGUUCUGAAUGGAGAAAUCACAGGAAAGAAUCAUUGUAUUUUACUGUUAUCAUUUCAAAAAGCAAAUCAGUGCAUGUGACUGAAGUUGCCAGGUGAUGAAGGCAUGAGUAUCUGCUUAGAAUGAAUGAACGAAAGAGCAUAAAGGACAAAUGGACGUGUAAACGGUUUAUGGAUGCAAGAUAACUGGGAACAGCAAUGGCCACACACCAAAGUGCUAGAGUUGCGUAGUUACAGACCACAAUGAUCAUUUCUGUCUUGAUAUUUUAGUGGUACUCCACAUGCAAAGGACAAUAUAUGUUGCUGCUAGCUGUCCACGCAAGAUGUAAAUGUUUUGUUCAGAAAACAUCAGAAUUUUAAUGUCACCUUUGACCUUUGUCUUGUCAAAGCAGAACCAGGAAUACCCUCAUUUAAUUUGGUUUAGCAUUGUUACAAAAACAAUGUUAACUUGUGUCACUUUAAAUCACAUGUUUCUAUGGGCUAAUGCUGUUAUAAUUUGAAGUUAAGAUAAUGUAAUUAAAUGUUUGUGUGGCUGAAGGGCAAGGACAUGUGUACGUACCAUUGAGAGUAAAUAGAAUGGAGGCCAAAAUUCUAUUUCAUUGUUGAAGCCAAGUUGGAGCCAAGGUUGGACCCAAAAAGACCAAAAAAUGGCCAAAUCCCAUUCAUUCCUAUGAGAGACAUAAAACCCUGUAUCUCCCUUAAAUGCCACUCCAGGGGGAUCAUUUUUCGCUAAACUAGUAGGUCCCCUUGCUCUCCAACUUACCAGGGUGGUGAUUUUUUGUGGUGAUGUUUUAUUUUAGAGAGAUAUUAAAAGUUAAAUUGACCAAUGAGCAUCAGAACAUGGUUUGAUUGACCGUUAGAAGUCUUGUUGUUGUCCAAUCAGCACCUGCGUUUGGCGUUGCUAAGGUGGAAUGUAAGUUGGAAUGUUCCCAAAUCUGGCUUCAAAGCGUUGAAUGGCAAAUAGCGUUGAUUUGGCGUCCAUUCUAUUUACUGUCAAUGGUACGUACAUAUGUGUAGCAAAGAUAAGUAACUUGUUCAUAUAGGCUUUGUGUUCACGCUCUCUGUAAAUGUUGAUUUAUUUUCUCCAUUUAUUCCCUGCUCCCUCCAAGUCUCUGGUCUUGUAGCUGCUGAGGUGCCAUUUCUUUUCUGGUGUGUGGGACAUUUGAAAUGAGAAAGGCUGAGGGUGGGGAUUUUACUGUAUGACAAACAACAAUAAAGACUUAUUAACCACAA